AUGAAGAAUCUGAAGGUUCCCACCAUCGUCCUGCUCCUCUGCAUAGCAGCAGUAAAUGCAUUCUCAAGUCCUAGUUCAAUACAAUCCAAGGUGAACAGAAAGACAGCAACCGAGUUGGAUAUGGUCGCUGGAGGAUCUGUAGUGCCAAAGGUAGUUGCUAAAGUUGGGGUUGCCGCUGUUUCUGCAGCCCUUGCAGGAACUGGUUUCGUGAAACUCAUUUUGGACAAGCCUUCCAGAUCUUACGGUGAAGGCUCUGUUGCGCAAGAAUACGACGAAUGGGCUGAUGAAGGAAUCCUGGAAUACUAUUGGGGAGAACAUAUCCACUUGGGAUACUACUCCAAAGAAGAAAAGUACAAAUACAAGGCCUUGAAUGAAGCUCAGUAUGCAUUCAUUGAUGAAAUGAUGAAGUUCGGUGGAAUUGAUCCAGGUGUGGAUGGAAACGCAAAGGUGCUCGACGUUGGUUGUGGAUUUGGAGGAACAUCCAGAUAUCUUGCUCGAAAACUUGGACCAAAUUCCGAAGUUACAGCAAUCACACUAAGCCCAAAGCAAGUCGAACGAGCUACUGAGCUUGCCGUAGAGCAAAAAACACCAAACGCCAAAUUUAAGGUGGAAGAUGCUUUGGCGAUGAGUUUCCCAGAUAAUAGCUUUGAUAUCGUUUGGGCUUGUGAAAGUGGAGAGCACAUGCCCGACAAGAAGAAGUACAUCGAGCAAAUGAUGCGAGUUCUGAAACCUGGUGGCAAGUUCGUCAUGGCUACCUGGUGUCAGCGUGAUGACAGAGAAGCUCCUUUCGACAAGCGAGACAAACGUGAUUUGCAGUACUUGUAUGAAGAAUGGAGUCAUCCAUACUUUAUUUCCAAGGAAGCAUAUGCUGAGCUAAUUGACAAAAGUGGUAUGAUGAACAAGGUGACAACAGCCGAUUGGGUCAAGGAAACAAUCAACUCUUGGCGUCACACCAUCUGGAAGGGUGUAAAGGAUCCAAGAGGAUGGAUCUUCAAACCAAAGACAUACUUGAAGUGCGUUCGUGAUGGGUACUGCUUGGAGCGAAUGCAUCGGGCAUUCAAGAGAGGGCUUAUGGAAUAUGGAAUGAUUACUGCUACCAAGAAAGAAGAAUAA